AUGCACUUCUCCGAGUCUCGCGGCCAAUUUCUCAAUACCGUGCAGGAUGCACUCCGCCGAUACGAUUCACAACUGAAGGAAAUCAAUUAUAAAAUCUGGUCCAAUCCAGAGCUCGCAUAUGCCGAGCACCAGGCCCACGACCACAUCUGUGAGUUGUUCGAAAGCCUGCAGGCCGAGGGCUAUGGUGACUAUACCGUUCAUCGGCAGGUCUACAGCCUCGAUACCGCUUUCGAGGUUGAAUACACGCACGGAAAGGGGGGUCAUAUCGUAAUUUUCAAUGCAGAGUACGAUGCUCUUCCCGGCAUCGGACACGCAUGUGGUCACAACCUCAUUGCCACCAGCUCCAUUGCUGCAUUCAUCGCAACAUGCGAAGCCAUGAAAGCGCACGCUCAGUCCAUGGCUGGGUCUGGAUUCACGCUUCGUCUGCUCGGAACUCCUGCCGAGGAGUCCGGGGGUGGCAAAGUACAUCUGCUCAACAAGGGGGCCUACAAAGGCGUAGAUGCGUGCCUCAUGGUGCACCCCAUCCCCCUUAUUCCAGCAGCCCCUACGCUGCAGGGAAUGGCUACCGUCGUCGAAGGCGGGUUCCUUGCUAAUCAUAAGGUCAAGGUUACUUUCACUGGCAGGUCGGCACAUGCUGCGGCGGCCCCCUGGGAGGGUGUCAAUGCAUUGGAUGCGGUGGUUGCGGCAUACCUCAACGUUUCACUACUCCGCCAGCAGAUUCUUCCGUCUCAGAGGGUCCACGGGGUUAUUGUUAACGGUGGUGAGCGCCCUAAUAUCAUCCCUGCGUCGGCGACUCUGGAUUAUUACAUCCGCUCGCCGACUGUGAGUUCAUUGGAAGAUCUGAAGGAGAAGGUGCUGAGGUGCUUUGAGGCUGCGGCGACGGCUACUGGCUGUACGCUUGAAUAUAAUUGGGGUCCUUCAUAUGCCGAUCUGAAAACGAACAUGCCAAUUUGUGAGAGCUAUGUUGCCGCAAUGCAAGCCAUGGGCCACCAUACUGUGCUUGACGACUCGGGACAAAAGAAUGCUCUGGGUGGAGGAUCCACUGAUAUGGGCAAUGUUUCAUACGCCGUUCCUGGAUUCCAUGGUCUCUUCACCAUUCCCACGGAAGGUGUCAACCAUACACCCCAGUUCACCAGUGGUGCUGGAUCGAGCGAAUCAUUCCAAAGGGCUCUCGCAUGUGCAGCAGGCAUGGCUGUUGUAGCCUGUCAAAUACUCAUUGAUGAUAAAUUUGCCGGGGAUGUGAAGAGAUACUUUGAUGAACAUUGA